GCCUGAACCGCAGCUUUUCCAUAGCAGCAGGGCCGAGUCGACUGCCAGUCAAAGUGACGUCAGUCGCGCUGAGGCACAGCGCCGGUGCGCGCGCCGAGACCCCCGUUAACUGGGCGCACACGCAAGUGUCACCGUGAUCAGCCUUAUAUGGGGUGGAUCUUAAAUCAUAACUGCGAGAUGAAGACGUGAAUAUAAGGUACAUUCUUCUGAGCGCAGCAUCAUAGACUUCCCUCGCGAUCCUGCACCUUCGCGCUGCGCAACGCUACACUACGGCACGGGGCACGGCCAGACUGCCUACAGCUGCCAGGCGGGUAGGCGCAGGCUGGAAGGGGGGACACGUUUAUUUUCUGCUAAUAAUAAUAAGCAACAAAAUGAAGAGGAGAAAGAUGGUGGUAGCGGCGGGCUUCUGCCUCUCCUUCUUCACGGGCACGCUGAUGAAUUUAUUGUUCAUUCCGGGAUUCGAGCACCACGGCGAGCGCGUGCAUCGCCACCACCACGAGAACCAGAAGCCCGACGCGGACGCUCCUGUCGGGCUUCGCGUCGACGAGCUGCCACCCGUCGAAACGGCAACCGUCGGGCGACUCCCGGAGCUCCAGCGGCAAAUACGCGAGCGACUGGACGAGAUUCUGCGGUACCGUCAGACACGGGCGCACUGGGUCGGCACCGGACCGCUGGAGCGCAGGCGACUCAUGGACUUGGAGCCACGCAGCGAGUGGGAAGUAUACAAAGGAAUCGGGAAAAACAAUAACUACGAGCAGUCUCAACCGACUCCCGCUGUAUCCAUAGCAACAAAAUCACACCGGGAGUUUACGCGCGAGUCGGUGCUCGGCUGCAGCAGUAUUGAUAACGUGACCAAUGUCCAGUAUCUGGGCUCAGGAUACACAAAGGCGGUGUAUAAAGCGACUAUAAACAGCAGCUUCUCCGUCGCGUUAAAAUCGGUGGAUUUCGGGGGUCACGAUAUGGAGAAUUGUGUGAAGAAAUACGGGUCGUCGACAGACUGCUACAAACUCGCAUCCUUCAAAAUCGUCAAAGAAAUGACACUGAUGGAGAGACUGCAGCACCCUAAUAUUCUCAAGCUGUACGGCUACUGCUACCAGGAUAACAACGAUAUAAAGGACACGGUGACGGCCAUCACGGAGCUGGGCAGCCCUCUGGAGAUGAUCCAGCUGCUGCAGACGCCCUGGGAGGAGAGAUUUAGGAUCUGUCUGAGUCUGAUGAGGCUGCUGCAUUAUUUGGCCCGUUCCCCGCUUGGGUCCGUCACCCUGCUGGACUUCAGGCCACGGCAGUUUGUUUUGGUGGAGGGAGUGUUGAAAGUGACCGACCUGGAUGACGCCAGUGUUGAGGAGACCCCUUGCUCCCUGUCUUCUCCUUCAGACUGUCUCAUGGUGUUCCCUGCCCGAAACUUCACCCUCCCCUGCCACAAGGGCUGUUGUGAGGGCAUCAACGAAAAGAGAAACCUCUACAAUGCGUACAGAUUUUUCUUCACCUACUUGUUACCUCACAGUGCCCCCUCAGCACUAAGACCCCUUCUAGACAAAAUCGUCAACUCUACAGGAGAGCUGAUAUGGGGCACUGACGAGACUCUGGUUCACCUCGAAAAAGUGCUGGAUAUCUACAGGAACGGACAGUACCUCAAGAAUAACACACAGACACACAAAGCAGAGUAUAAAUGUGUGUCAGAGGCCUCGAUAGCAGCAGAAAACUACCGCUGCUGGCCGUCCUAUCAGCACGACGGAUGCCUGCUGUCAGUCUUCAGCGUCGAUGAAGCUAUUGAGGUGUGUGAGAGCCAUGCCCAAUGCCAGGCCUUCGUCAUGACCAAUCAGAGCACAUGGACAGGUCAUCAGCUUGUGCUCUUCAAAACCGGUGCAGCCAGCAUGACCACGGCUCCAGGUAAACUCACGUACAUACGACUGGGGGCAGCUGAGAGCUGAGAUGAGAGAGCGCCAUACAGCGUGGUCAGUCAUCAUCAGGAUCUUCGAAUCGUCUCCCUCUUAAAACACUCAUGUGCUGUAUUCCCUGAGGACAUGUUGCUCAGGAUUUUGGGAGGACGGUCAAAAGAGAAAGCACCUUUCAGGAAGUUCGAGACUCGCUCAGGCGGAGGUCAGCUGUCAACUACGUGCAAUACUGCCUCUCUGAACCCGGGAUUGGACAGUGAAUCUGUUUGUGUAUGUCACGGCGACAUGUGUGUGUGUUUAAUGAGAUCUCUGGUCAAUAUCUCUUUUAUUCUUUCUUUCUCUCAGACUGUCAUUGAUUCUCGUCUCUGUCUCUGCCCACACAGAAUCCUCUCUUAUUUGCUCUGAUAUUCAGCACUUUUUUCUCCAUGUGAAACAGGGUCUAUUUGUUGAAGUUUUAAAAGCAUUUACUUAGAUUUUUGGAAUAUCUUUUUCAAAUAUUUGCUCAUGUAAAACAAGUUUUUCUGACAAGUGAUUCUAAAUAUUCACUUAUUUAGACCAGUCUAAACAAGUAAUUUAUUUGUUUAAAGAAUGAAAACACCUUUUAAAAAAAAAAUAUGAAAUCAUAUUUAAAGACAAACAGAUCAGCAGAAAAUCUGAAAAUGUGAAGAUGGUUGUUAGUUAGCCAAUCCGCUUGUGGUGAGAUAAAGUUUCCCAAGGAAAUGUCAUGUCAGUCUAUUACUUGACAGGUGAAGGAGUUCAAGAGUUUUCUGCUUUCAGCGAAAGCACUGAGAUGUACAUGUACAUGUUUUCUUAUGGCCGUGUUGUAUAUAAGAGUAAUAUUUUUAUAUGGAAAUAUAAUGUCAUGAGAAUUAAAACU